CAACUGCCAGUUCUCGGCAGUACUUUCCUCACGCUCUGACAGCGUGAGGAAAGUGCAGCCGAGACCCGGCAAUUGCAUUUCCCGGUGUCAUUGGACACGGCUGAUCAUGAGGGAUCGAUGAUGAUCAGUGCCCUGAUGAUCGGUGCCCAGCAGUGCCACCCACCAGUGCUGCCCAUCUGUGCCCAGCAGUGCCGCCUACAAGUGCCCAGCAGUGCCACCCACCUGUGCGCAGCAGUGCCACCCACCUGUGCACAGCAGUGCCACCCAUCAGUGCCCAGCAGUGCUGCCAGUCAGUGCCCAGCAGUGUUGUCAGUCAGUGCCAGCAGUCAGCGCCACCCAUCAGUGCCGCUUAUCAGU